ACCUUCAUUUUUAUUACAGGAACAGAAGGUAUUUCUAAGUGCUAUGUUUUCAAAGGUACAAAAGAUCUUACAGCUAAACAGAUCCAAGAGCAAUUAGCUAUUGGUCGUGUCAAUACACCAAACCCGCAAGCCCGUCCUGGUGCUCCCACUCCCGCACCACCAGCACACCGUUUCUUACAACCUGUGAAACAAUGUGACAUGGCACUUACUGAUUUACUUGGCGAGCUUGGCAGAGAUCCUUGGCCACUAGGUGUUGGAAAGAGACCAUUACGCAGCAGCGGUGUCGCUUUGUCCCUUGCUGUCGGGUUACUUGAAGUCACAUACCCAAAUACUGGAGCCAGAGUUAUGCUCUUCCUUGGAGGUCCUUGCUCUCAAGGCCCAGGUCAGGUGGUUAAUGAUGAGCUGAAGCAACCAAUCCGGUCGCAUCACGAUAUUCAUAAAGACAAUGCCAAAUACAUGAAGAAAGCUAUUAAGCAUUAUGAAGCACUAUCUUUGAGGGCGGCCACAAAUGGGCAUGCAAUUGAUAUUUACUCAUGUGCAUUAGACCAAACUGGAUUGAUGGAGAUGAAGCAGUGUUGCAAUUCUACAGGAGGUCACAUGGUGAUGGGCGAUUCCUUUAACUCAUCUCUCUUCAAGCAGACAUUCCAGCGAGUCUUCGCCAAGGACCAGAAGGGAGACUAUAAGAUGGCCUUCAAUGGUACUUUGGAAGUCAAAUGCAGUCGGGAACUCAAAAUAAGCGGUGCGAUUGGAUCUUGCGUAUCGCUAAACGUGAAAAGUCCCUGCGUGGCCGACCAGGAAGUGGGAAUGGGGAAUACGUGCCAAUGGAAGAUGUGCACGUUUACUCCUAGUACUACUAUGGCCAUUUUCUUUGAGGUAGUGAACCAACAUGCGGCUCCAGUGCCUCAAGGCGGACGCGGGUGCGUGCAGCUAAUCUCACAGUAUCAACACUCCAGCGGACAACGCCGCGUCAGAGUCACUACAAUUGCUCGCAAUUGGGGCGAUGCGGCAGUGAAUCUUCAUCAUAUCGCAGCUGGGUUUGACCAAGAGGCCGCAGCGGUAGUGAUGGCUCGUCUGGUAGUCUACCGCGCUGAGAUUGAAGAUGGCCCUGAUGUGCUGCGCUGGCUCGAUAGGAUGCUUAUCAGACUGUGUCAAAAGUUUGGCGAAUACGCGAAGGAUGAUCCGAAUAGUUUCCGCAUGUCGGAGAACUUCAGUCUGUAUCCGCAGUUCAUGUACCAUCUGCGACGGUCACAGUUCCUGCAAGUCUUUAACAAUUCUCCUGAUGAGACUACCUUCUAUAGGCACAUGCUAAUGCGCGAAGACCUAACGCAGUCGUUGAUUAUGAUCCAGCCGAUCCUAUACUCGUAUUCGUUCGGCGGCCCGCCCGAGCCGGUGCUUCUCGAUACCUCCUCCAUUCAACCAGACCGCAUCUUGCUUAUGGACACCUUCUUCCAGAUUUUAAUUUAUCACGGAGAGACCAUAGCUCAAUGGCGCGCUCUACGUUACCAAGACAUGCCGGAGUACGAGAGCUUCGCGCAACUGCUGCGCGCGCCUGUGGAUGACGCGCAGGAAAUCCUGCAAAGCCGCUUCCCUGUGCCGCGGUACAUCGACACUGAGCACGGCGGGUCACAGGCGCGUUUCCUGCUGUCGAAGGUGAACCCGUCGCAGACACAUAACAAUAUGUACGCCUACGGAGGGGCGAUGCCGAUACCAUCUGCGCCCGUGAUAAGCACUUUAGUGUCGCAAGAGGACGGCGGUGCCCCGGUGUUGACAGACGACGUGUCGCUGCAGGUGUUCAUGGAGCACCUCAAGAAGUUAGCAGUCUCGUCCACAGCUUAACCCUAUACGGGGUUUCUGCAUGUUGUAUAUCUCUUGCAGAAUUGAUGUCUGUCGUCGACUAUAUAGCUAGAGAUUUAUAUCCCAACAAAUAAAAACAUUAUAAUUAUACGUGAGAAUUGCAUUUGUGGUACAGACGUGAUCAGACUCCUCCAGAAUUUUAACACCAGGUUAUAGGUCAAAAGCGAGCUGUAGGAUACUUCUAAGAUGCAGAAGAUGAUCUUUCUAUAUUGCAGGUGUCUAAAAAAAUGUGUAGAUACGGCAUGUUAUAAAAAAUUAUAUGGAUUGGUUUAGAUAGAACUACCGAUACACUUCGACAUAAAUUAUUUAUUGUCUACAAGUUCAAAGAACUUUCUCAAAUGCAUGUAGGUGUUUAAUGAGUGACGCACAUUUUUUUUAUCUCUGUACCUACAAACCUACAUAAACACAUCGUCGAUUUGAUAUUGUGUGCGAAUGUCUAAAAUGUCUUUCAGAAGUUAGUCUUACCAUUAAGAGAAUGGUAAAAAUUCUAGCAUAAGAUUUCGAAUUAAUUAAUAAUGACCUUCAAUAAUUUGUAUUCUUUUUUUUUAUCAAGUUUUUUAUGUAGUCAUGUGUUUGUUCGAAUAAAGAUCAAUUCUGUUACAGAUUUCUUACAAGUUAUAUUGCAGUUAAGUUAUAUAUACAUACAAUUAUAUUAUUUUCUAAAAUUGUUAAUUUAAAAUUAUGAAAUGAUAAUGUUCAAUAACGAUUAUAGUAUUUCUUGAAAUUUGUUAUAUUCUUGCAUCUUCUGUUUUGUUUCAUUGUCUAUGACAUUAUUGCAAUUUCCUCUU